AUGGGAAAAGGGACAGGGAGGAGGGAGGGUAAGGUGGGCCGUGGCGGGAAGGCGAAGUGGAGAGACGAGGAGGAGGAUGAGGAUGAGGAGGAGGAGGAGGAGGAGGAGAGAAGGGGGAAGGGGAGGCUGGGGGGGAAUGUGGUGGGAGGUAGUGGGGGACCAGAAUCAGUGCCAGCCGAAGCACAGAUGCUCAUGUGGCACGGGGUAUGUGUAUGUGUGUGGGGGUGUGAGGGGAAAAAAUCUGCUCCCUCCUUCACACGCACCCUCACUCCCUCCUUCACACGCACCCUCACUCCCUCCUUCACACGCACCCUCACUCCCUCCUUCACACGCACCCUCACUCCCUCCUUCACACUCACCCUCACUCCCUCCACACUCACCCUCACUCCCUCCUUCACACGCACCCUCACUCCCUCCUUCACACUCACCCUCACUCGCUCCUUCACACUCACCCUCACUCCCUCCUUCACACUCACCCCCACCUCUCCCUUCACCUCUUUCCUCACCUCUCCCCUCCUCUCUUCCCUCUCUUCUCUCCCCUCACCUCUCCGCUCACAUCUCCCCUCCCCUCUGGCCUUCUCACCAGGUCAACACGGGCAACUUCCAGCAGGCAAUCGACAUAUGAUAAAGAAAGGACACUUGCUGUCGGCUGCGUUGAUCGGCAGAGGCACGGCGUAUGCAUCUUCACUAUCCUUCACCCUUCCUAUUGACAUGACCGCCACUUCUUACCUCAGUACCUUUAACAAUAUCCCCCCGCCUUCCUCCUUCCCCAUACUUCCCCCGCUGUUUCCCUUACAGAUGAUAAAGAAAGGACAUAUGGUGUCGGCGGCGUUGAUCGGCAGAGGCACGGCGUAUGCGCUGUGGGGCAAGCUCAAGACGGCCAUAGAGGACUACUCCAAGGUCGGCGAUAGAGGAGGAGCCCCCAUGGCAGAGGCAUGGAGGAGGCGAGCACAGGCGUGCAUGGCAGAUGGACAGGCUGAAGCGGCAGUGAAGGAUCUGAGCCGAGUGGUGGAGCUGGAGCCGCACAACAUGCAGGCAUACAACGAGCGAGGUGCGUGUGCUACCAUACCAUGCCACCAUGCCACCAUGGCAUCAACACCAGCACUUGCAACAACGGACGUGCUGCUGCAGCUGGCGCAGUCACAGCGCGAGCUGGGUCGCGUGGAGGAUGCGGAGAAGAGCUACCUCAAGGCGCUGAGGCUCGACCCGCGGCACCCGCAGGCGUACCGCGUGUACAGCCAGUUCAAGCAGGCCAUGGGGGACCACAGGACCGCUCUAUUAGUGGCGAGGCAGGGGCUGAAGCUGCUGCCAAACGACAUGGAUUUGCGCUACACUGAAGCCUCCUCCGUGCACGCACUCGGAAUCUUCUCCGAAGCGGUGCAAUUGUAUGACAGCUUUCUUGGUAUCAAUUUCCCACCAGACGAGGAGAGGACCAAGCAAUUCCAGGCCUUCUACCAGAGGGAGCUGACAUGCUACCUGGCCAUGAGGAGGCACAAGCCGCUGCCAGCACUCAAGAUAGACGACGAGCUCAACCCCACCUUUAAGGAGUGCAGAUGCGGAGCGACGGGCGGCAGCCCGAUGGUGAAGCUGCGGGGCGACGGGCGGCGGCCCGACGAGAAGCUGCGGGGCGACGGGCGGCGGCCCGACGAGAAGCUGCGGGGCGACGGGCGGCGGCCCGACGAGAAGCUGCGGGGCGACGGGCGGCGGCCCGACGAGAAGCUGCGGGGCGACGGGCGGCGGCCCGACGAGAAGAGGUGA